UGCAAGUGUCAUUGGUAUAAUUUAAUUAACGGUACUUGUAUCAAACGUAAAUCGAAUAAAAUGAAAAGACAACAAACGUGUUUACGCGUUUCGGAGGAUGUCGUAGCUGAUUUAUGGAAGAUGCAAAAAGUAUGUGACAUUGUAAAGUCGCAAGAUGAUAAUCAAAAGAAAUUAUUUAAUAAUGACAAAUUCAUACAAGAAGAAACAACAUCGAGUUCUUACGUCGAUGCUAAAAAUUGUUUCGUUCAAGAUGCUUAUACUCAAUUUGUAUGCGAUAAAGAAGAAAAAGAAAUUUAUUUGAAAAGAAUUGAACGUAGAAAUGAAGAAAUAAAUGAUGACAUCGAUAAAGAAACGAAGAAAUAUGAUGGUACUUUGUUAAAUUGCAAUUGCGAACAUAUGACUAAUAUUGACGCUGAAACUUUGACGUGUUUGAAAGAAGAAAAUAAAUCAAAUACGUAUAAUGUCACAAAUAAUAAUAAUAAUAAUAAUGAUGAUGAUGAUAAUGAUUUACCAUACGUUCCUGAGCUUGAAUUAGAAGAGGAAGAUGAUUGUAAUUGCGAGUAUACAUUUUCGGAAGAACAUUUUGGGGGUCGCAGUAAGAAUCAAAUUGAAAUGUGGAAAAAUUAUGAUUCAAUUCGAAAGAAAUUGAAACAAAAUCCGAUAUUAAAUAUUAGAAAUCAAAAUCAUUUGAAUGCAAAAAUGAAUAAUAAUUCUUAUCGUGAAAAUAAUAAAUACGUUUACAACGAAUUAAGAUCCAGUACAAGUACAGAAUCAUUGAUUUCUCCAGAAACAAAAAUGAAGAUAACACGUAGCAAUGAUCGAGGUUAUUUAAUGCUUUUAAAACAUUCCAAAAGGAUCAACAAAGAUUCUCGAAAAAUGGCCGACAAUUUUGUGCCGCCAUUUUUUCGUAAAAUUAAUAUUAAGGAAGAUUAUAGUGAUCGUGAUUACAGUAAACGAUAUUUUUGUCAUUGUCAACAUUGUAAUGAAGAUACAGAAAGAAAAUUAAUAAUUGAUGAUAAAUUUGAUGAAGAUACUGAAACAAAUCGAUCAAGAAUUUCAUUCUCAUCUUCAACGACGAGUCUUUCAUCUUACGAUCAAGAUAAAUCAUCUCGAUCAUAUUUUGACGAUAAUAAUUAUAAAUGUCGAAAUUUAUCAAGCUUUCGAUCUAGCACUAGUAGUUGUAACUGUAAUCAAUCAUCAAAAAUAGAAUAUCAAAGAUCUGUAAGAUUUAAUCCAUUAUCUUCAACAAUAACUUAUAAAAAUAAUAAUAAUAAAAAUAAUAAUAAUAAUAAUAAUCCUUGUCAAAGGAUAUUAUCUAUCAUGCAAAGAAGAUUACAAAAUCGUGAAGAUUUUGAUUAAUGAUUCACACGUAAAAUAAAAUCAAUUUUAAAUUAUCACUGUAAAUUAUCAAACAAAAAUGAAAGAGGAGUUAACGAAGAUUGUAAUUAACGUGAUUAAAUGUUAUUCAAUAGAAAAACUGAAUUGUUAAUGUAUUGAUAGUCAAAGAUGAUGAUAAUAAUAAUAAUAAUAAUAAUAAGAGAAUGAAUUGAAUAACUAGACGACUGAGAGUUGUGUGUUAGUUGCUAGAUCCUAUGAAUAAAUUGGACAUGCUUUAAAGAGAUACGAGUAGAAGAGUCUGGUGUGUGCCCCGGAAAAUGUGAAACUCAAUUAAUAUGCGUCCCGUGUCUCUAGGUGAAGUGUCUAUAAGUAGAUCGGUUGCGGACACAACGUCACUCAUAACCCUACAUUAUUUUCUGCUGUAAUGCGUAGAUAGUCUUCUUUCUGCUAACGAGACAUUCUACACCCACACACGAAUCAUAUACAAAUCACACACACACACUCAGAGCAUACACAUUCACAUAUUUAU